AUGACGACUGCGCUGAACCAGAAAGCGCCAGCGCCAGCGCCGGCGCCGGCGCUGGAAUCGUUCCAUUCCGUCGAGACUACGGCCGCCUCCAUUACACCUCCAAACAGCGCCGACGGCAAGAAAAAUGUUGCUGAAGGGGUGCCCUCGGAAUUGUCCGACCUCGACUUGGAUCAUCAUGCGGCUGCGGCGUCGGUGGAAGCUGUAGAAGAGGAUAUCGAGCCUGAUCAUUACUACGAGGGAGGAAGGAUACCCGUGUUUAAGCCGACCAUGGACCAAUUCCACGACUUUCAGGCUUUCAUCCAGAAGAUUGAUAAAUACGGCAUGAAGUCCGGCAUCGUCAAAGUUAUCCCGCCGCAGGAAUGGAGGGAUUCUCUUCCCGCACUAGACGAAGCAGUCAAGAGCAUUCGAGUCAAGAAUCCAAUCAUGCAGGAAUUCCACGGCGCUCACGGUACAUACACACAGGCGAACAUCGAAAAGCAGCGAUCAUACAACCUCCCACAAUGGAAAGCCCUAUGCGACGAUGGAAGCCACCAACCCCCCGCAAGACGAGGAGAACGUCGCCGCACUCAAGAGAAAGCUCCCCGCCCUGCUGCGGUCAAGACUCACACUACAACUGUCCGUUCCGGCUCACAGAAACGUGGUCCAGGCCGGCCGCCGAAACGAACGAGAGAAGUCAAGAUCAAGGAAGAGUCGCCCGUUGAGGACCAGUCCGAGAAAUCACGCUUGGAGGGACCACCGACACCAGUCUCUCCAGAAUCUAACCCAGUCGAAACCAAGACGGAAGACCUCAGCGAUGGAGAGGCUCUUCCGGCUGCAAAACGCAAGGGCAGACAACCCAAGUCGGUAUCGUCGCGGAGGAAGCACAAUCGAGGCGAAGCGCUCGAUCAAGUGGAUGAAGAAGCGUUCAAAGGAUUCGAUUAUCGCAUUCACGAUAACGACGAGUACACUCCGGAACGAUGUGACGAGCUGGAGACUGCAUACUGGAAAUCGCUCAUGUUCAACAACCCCAUGUACGGGGCAGACAUGCCUGGCUCGCUCUUUGAUGAUUCGACCACUUCUUGGAACGUAGCAAAGCUUCCCAAUUUGCUCGACGUGUUAGGACAGAAAGUCCCCGGUGUCAACACUGCCUAUCUCUAUCUCGGUAUGUGGAAGGCGACCUUUGCGUGGCAUUUGGAGGACGUCGAUUUGUACAGUAUCAACUAUAUCCAUUUCGGUGCUCCGAAGCAAUGGUACAGCAUCUCUCAAGAAGAUGCUCCUCGUUUUGAAGCAGCCAUGAAAAGCUUCUGGCCAAGUGAUGCGAAGAACUGCGAUCAAUUUCUUCGUCACAAGACAUACUUGGUCUCUCCCAGCAUCUUGAAAACACGGUUCGGAAUCACCGUGAACAAAGUUGUCCACUACGAAGGCGAGUUCAUGAUCACCUAUCCGUAUGGCUAUCAUUCCGGUUUCAAUUUGGGAUACAAUUGCGCAGAGUCAGUCAAUUUCGCCACGGAACAGUGGCUGGACUAUGGCCGCAUCGCGAAGAAAUGUAACUGCGAGCCCGACAGCGUCUGGAUUGACGUCAACGAUAUUGAGCGGAAGCUGCGAGGCGAACCCACGCCUGAUUACUAUGAUGAAGACAUUGAUAGUGACCUGAGCGAUGACGAUGGUGCUUCUGACCUGCUCACGCCUCCCCGUAGCGUGCCUGAGAAAUCAUCCCGUGGUAGGAAGCGCAAACAUGAGGGUGACGAACCCCGCUCGAAGCGCGCUCGUAUGCAGAAUCACGCCAUUCGCAAGAUCCCUUGUGUCCUGUGUCCUAACGACAUGGAUUAUGAGGAUCUGUUACCAACAGAGGACGGCAAAGCACAUGCCCACCGACGCUGUGCGACUUAUAUCGAAGAAACCUCAAUCCUUCGCGAUGACUCUGGACGGGAAGUUGUCUGUGACAUUGACAAGAUCCCCAAAGCAAGAAUGGGUCUCAAAUGCUUGUUUUGCCGCGAAGUGCGGGGAGCUUGCUUUCAGUGCAAUUUUGGUAAAUGUACGCGGGCGUACCACCCCACUUGCGCUCUUCUGGCUGGAGUACAGGUCGAGUUUGGUUCGAUUCUGGUGAUUGCAGAUAGCGGCCAACAGUACUAUGUGCCUAGCGUUGACCUGAAAUGUAAAUACCACCGACAGAAGCGACUCGGCUCGUCGGAGUCGUCUGAUGAAGACCGGAAAGUGCUCCAGGCCGCCAGUCGGCUGUCGAUGGGCGAUCUGCUGCAGUUCCAGGCUGAUAAAGAAAUCAACGGAGCUGUUGUGCUGGAAAACCGGCCAGUGGAGCGAAUGUUGAAGCUCAAGGUGCUGCCCCGCGGCGACAUUAUUGAACUGCCGUACCGAUGGAUUCUGGUCGUUCGCAAGACUAAUUUUGCUCCGUUACCACCAGGAACACAGCCGCUUCCUGCUCAUCUGGUGCGAAAGGCUGAGACGCAUCGUGAUCUGUCGACGACGCUGCCUCAGCCGGGAACACCGUUCUGCGACGCCAACGCACCGUUCCAGUGGGCGGAAUUCGAGACGGCACCACUUCCAGCAGAAGCGAUUCGUGUGCAAGUGGACAUUUAUAAGCCGGAGCAGAUGUGGUACUAUCUUGGGGAAUCGUCGACAGAAUGUAGGGCACAAUUCACGCACAACCCUAGUGUAACGGUCCACAACGCGCGGUCGAAUUUCUUGGAGAUGGUGAAGGCGUUGUCAGUUAGCGCGGGCCGAUUUCGCCAGAGUAAACACCCCCACCACCUCACUGCCCCUCCAAACACAACGCUUCCCAGUUCUUCUUCGUCAUUGCAGCGUCGCUCCCCAAACACUGCAAUGACUCCUGCCUACCGACACCUACCACCCCAUCACCACACGCUGCAUCACCUGAAUAAUGCCAAUUUCUACACUGCCAAUGCUGUCCGUCCGAAUCCCUAUGCCGCCUUUCCGAAGCCCCAGCCCGAUCCGCCAACAAAUACUUUUGCCAAUGUGCGGGAGUUGAUUGCUCGUCGCCGCCUGGCGCAAAUGACCGACCAUGCCAACAUUCUCGCCGGGUACACCAUCGUCAGCCCCGAGCUGGUCGUCGAGACCCUCUUGGGGCCUAUGGGCUCUGUGCCGCCGACCUCUGGCAUGGAAAAAUUGGAAUUGGCCAUGGCGCAGCAACGUGUCCAGCCGAAGGCGUCCGACGGCACCUUGCUGCCCCUCCAACCACUCAACAUGCGAUCGGAAGAAGUCACCCGUUUACUUCGAAUGCUGCGAUUUUCCGUCGUUACUCAUCGCGACCAGCUCGAUGUUAUUCCCAAGAGAGAGCCCGAUUAUGUAAAACAGCAGCCCUUUGAUCGGCCCAAUUAUGCCGCCGGUCGGGUGGCUGGGAGGUUCGCGUACCUGGAACAACAACAAGCCCAAACACCCGCUGUUUACAAAUCACCGUACGAGUCACCGUUUGGAGUAGCUGAAUGGGCUAAGAAGGAAUAUAAUCUUGUGGAUGAGGAGCCUUUUUCUAAACCAUCGCUGGCCAACGACUACUUUGCGUCGCUGUCACCGGCCGACCAGGAAAAAAUCGUCAAGGCCUGUGGCAGCUGGGUACAGGAACGGAUUGUGGAAAGAGCCCCAAGUCAUAGCCGACAGAGUUCGACGUCGAAUUUCCGCUUGUCGACGGCUCUUGCUCAACAAAACAACAGCAAUAAUAAUAACCCGAUCAUCGACAUUACGGCGGUUGAUGAUCUCCCGAUGAAUGGGAUGGAUCGGAUGGAUCGAUUAGAUCGGCUUGACUUUCCAUUACAUGCAGACUCGCCGACGUCGAGCUUUAGUCGUCCUCAUCUGGUUGGGUUCCCAUCACCGCACGAUUUUAACAGUCACGGUGACCAUGAUUCAUCUAUUGUACCUCGACAUCUCUCGGAUCAUCACGACCUCUUUGGAGAUCAGCAAGCCAAUACUCGGUUCUGGCAACAUGGACCCUGGGGUCCGGGUGGUGAUGGGACGACGCCUAUAGAAGAGAAUCGGCCGUUCUUUGGGCCUCACGAGCGAUUAAAACAUGACUAUGCGUCGUCUGAACUUUCUCUGGGUCGUGGACCGGGCUCAUUACAUUCGGUUGAUAUGGCUGGAUUUGGCAUGGACACGACAGAGGAUCUUUGUGAAGUUUUAAGUCCAUAA